AUGGAGUCGAGAUCGAUGCUGCUCUUCGUCCUCCUCUGGACCAUCGGAGGCUGUGAAGUUCGAGACCUGUCAGGAAAACAGUUCACGUUUCCCAGCGACCCCAGAGGUGUAAACCAGCCCCACGUUGUUCUUCGUGCUAAUACCCGCUCCGUCUCCGUCUCCGUCAUGACCGUCUGCCUUCGCUUCUUCUCCCAGCGGAACCGGAUGCAGGGACUCUUUUCUUUGGCCACCCGCGACCACUCAAACGUUCUGAUGCUGAACAAAGACGCCGAGGGAUCCUACAAGGUCCACGCAGGCGAUGACACCUACACCUUCAUAAAGCUACCCACCAACAGGAUGGACUGGAACUCGGUCUGCUGGACCUGGGACUCUCAGACCGGGCUGACUCAGCUGUGGUUGAAUGGACUUCGUACUUCACAGAAGCUGGUGGGACGGAAUUAUCCAGUCCACGGUGAUCUGAGCAUCAUCAUCGGUCAGGAGCAGGGUGCGCAUGGAAGUGGUUUCGACAAGAACGACUCAUUUGAAGGAGACAUCACUGCCCUGCACAUGUGGGACCAUGUGGUGUCUGCAUGUGACCUCAGAUCCUACAUGAAUCAGGACUCCUUCUCUCCGGGGAACCUACUCAGCUGGAACAACCUGAGCUUUGAGGUGUCGGGGAACAUCUUCAUCCAGGACGCAGACUUUGAGGAACCAGUCUGUCAGUAA